GGCAAGAACCGCCCUUGCAAUCGCUUGCUCGUCUUGCUCGAAUCCGCCGCCACCACAUUCUCCGAGUCGUGCGCUUCGCGGCCGGGAGCGAGGAGGAAGGAGAGCAUGGCCGGGAAGGGAGGGAAGGGGCUGAUCGCCGCGAAGAUUGCGGCCGGCAUGGACAAGGAGAAGAAGCCGCCGAUCACCCGCUCCGCGCGCGCCGGCCUCCAGUUCCCCGUCGGACGCAUCCACCGCCAGCUGAAAGAAAGGUCGCAGGCGAGCGGGCGGGUGGGAGCAACGGCGGCCGUGUACGCGGCAGCGAUCCUGGAGUACCUGACGGCCGAGGUCCUGGAGCUGGCCGGGAACGCGAGCAAGGACCUCAAGAUGAAGCGCAUCAGCCCCCGGCACCUGCAGCUGGCGAUCCGCGGGGACGAGGAGCUGGACACGCUGAUCAAGGGCACCAUCGCCGGCGGCGGCGUCAUCCCCCACAUCCACAAGUCCCUCAUCAACAAGGGUGUCAAGGAGUGAUCGAGCAAGUCUGUCGGGUGACCGUGACUCGGCGGCGCUGUGGUUCUUGUCCUGAUAUCCUCUGAGACUGAGACAAACCUGGUAACCUGAAGAUUGCCCUGCUGUCAGACCUGUGGCUGCUGAAUCAUAUAUACAUACAUUGUAGUAAUCUGUGAUGAGAUGUAUCGGCUACGGUGCCUGAACCUUCUUGGGCUUCUUGGUCGGUUAAACAUGUUCAUGUUCUGCUGGGAUUAGUUGGGCUCAUUGUUUGGUUGGGCAGUUUGGCUGUGCUCUGCUCGUUUCUUGCAGGAAAGGAAGCUGAUUGAUGGUCUCUCUC